AUGUCGAAUUCAACGGAAAACAUAGCUUGUCAGAGACGCUUGGUUUGUGCUUGUCUCGGGCUGCAAGACGGAAUCGAGACAGGAGACCAAGACUCGAGAGAUCUUCAGAUCUUGAAUAGUGGUACACACACAGCGUGGCAGGGAAGCGCGUUCGUUGCACGAAGCACGGAGCAUGGACCGUAUGCGCUCUUGGCACUCGAACGAUGGCACACAUACUCCACCCCCGGUAACAGACAACGUACGGCACUGGUAUCAGGGCUUAUCGCUCGAUUGCCUCGAUUGCUCAGAACCCGGAACUUGGAGGUCCAACCAAUGUGGCGUCCUGGUGCAGGUCGCGGUGAACGGGUGCCGCAGACAGAUGCACGAACCUUGACCGCGGCAGGAAGCAUCAUCUCAAGGUCAUACGCUGCAUAUGCGCGAUGCCAACCUGGCAAGCACCUGACGUUCGCCCUCGCCGUCCCCCAUACGGUUCUUAUCAUCUGCCAGAAGCCCGCGCGACAUUCACGAAGCCCGGCGGGGCCCCGCGCACUGUGGGCGACGGGCACACAAGCUUACACUCCCCGACCCGCGCCGCGCCGCGUGAUUGCGCCGUCGCGGGGACCGCGCCACGGACCUGGAGGCGUGCGAGAACGCCCGUCGCCCGUUGCGCCCGCGGGGACCUCACAGGGUGCGGCGGCGGCGGGAUGGGACGACCCGCGCACACUCCGUUCGGCGGCGGCCGCGGGGCCCUGGGCCCAGGGCGGAGAUGGGGCAACAGGGCUCGUCCACUGCGGCGCAUCGGCAUGGGCACCGCGCGCGUCCGCAGCCACCGGAGCGCGACGGCGACCUCGGCGCGGUGAUUCGGUGCACAAGCAGCGAUGUGCCAGCGCACGAAAGCCUGGCGGGCGCGAGCUGCAGCACGCACCAGCAUGGCGCAAGGAGGGAGCUCUGUCCGUUGCGCGGCCUGACCAGCACCGGGCACCCGCCUGCGAAGCUCGGCUGAAGACGUCCCUGUCGGUACCCAGCAGGAUGCGCAGCCCUCAGGGUGCGGGCGAGAGUUUUCCAGGGGUGAACGUAUUCACUCUUGUUCUGGUUAGCAGUCUACUGAAGCCGGACCUUGUAGAUUCGCGGACAACUCCGGGCCCACUUCCAGUCCAGGCUUGGCAAGUAGCUUCCGCGCUCGAAGGCCGCAAACCGCCUGACACGUCCACGCCGCGAGCUUCAAUUCGAUCAUGGCUCUGGCAUUCCAUGACCGCCAGAGGAGGCCAUGCCGCCGGGCCAUUCCCAUCUCAUUACGCCUGCGCCGUCAUUUUGAGCAAAGGCUCAACGAGCACUAAAACUAGCGUCCAGGUACCACUACGCGUUCCGGUUCACGUACACGGAAUUCACGCUCCCCACGGGGCUCGCAAGGCUCGCAACGAAUCACAGCCAGCCCUGACACUUAAGCCGACAUCCGCUGACGCACGCCAUCAGCGUAGGCUGAAUACCGGCAACGCACACGGGGUUCCCCGCAUGCCCCUAGCGUCCUCGUCACCCUCGCGAUUCCGAAUGGCCACGGCGUUCCAAACGCUCGCACUCGCCCGAGCGCACCGGCGAGUUUGGUCCAAUGUCGUGCGCCGAGAAGCCCAAGUGCUCGCUCGUUCUGCUCCUGCCCGAUUGGAGUUAUUCUUGCGUAAGGACAAGGCACUUGUCGAGCACCUGCCUCGUACUGACCCUCACCGUCUGACAGGACACGCGCCCCGUCUUCUAGGACCGCACAAGCGUUUAGUCGGCGGCGGGCGUAAGGGACGGUCUCGAGGCCACAGCGCCCCUCCCGCACAGCCCUCCAGCGCGAAGCCAGUCUUCACCGCGCUCGUCGUUUCUUUUCAGAACGGUCGUCGCGGCGGCUUCGCUGGAGCGCUUGGCGUGUCUUCCGAGCGCGCCUUCGAAGCCCGUGAUCCAGGGUUCCAGACCGGUUCGACGCGUCGCUUCGGGGCCGUCCGUGCCCCUUCCGUCACCAAUGGAGUUGCAAGUUGGGGCAAGCGGAACCGCGCGCACGCCUCGCUGGGGCCGGCGAUCAAAGGGCGAAGGCAGAGGCGACUAGACUGGUCUGAGGCUGACGUCGGCGCAGGGCUCGGGUUGGAGGCGGAUAGUGAGGGCCUGGGCCGCGUUGGAGAUGAUCGCGAUGGAGGCGAGCCUCAAGAUUGGCUCGGAAUGCGGUGUCUCACCAUGGUGUCGAGUUAUUCCACAUCGCGCUCGUUCUGGAGUGGACAUGAUGAGCGGGGCUGGUAUUGUACGGGUAACAGCGGGGCUGGCAAGUGGAGCCCGCUAUCCUCGGCAGCCAUCCAGUCACCUAGAGUAGACUCUCGGGCCUCGACCACAGUGCAUCGCGGCGUCGCUGUGCCAGUUGUCGCCCGCCCUGACCCCGCCGUCCGGCGUGCGUGGGCCCCUCAGGAACUCCGCUCCAUGCCCGGGCGGCCUCCGCGGGCCCCCGUAAUGCGCGGACCAGCGCGGCUCGAGGCUCGCCGCCCACACGUCCCCAACGUUGUACGGCUGCGGGCUCGGCGUGCGCGCGGGGGCUCCGGCGCGGCGGGGAGCGGGCAGCCGUUCUCGUCCCGCGGCCUUGGCGUCGACGGGCCCUGGGACGGGGGACUGGAGUUGGUGAGACCAGGACGCUCCGCGACGGGCAGGGGGGUGCCUGAGGCCUUGCGCGCGCGGCGGCGCUCGGCGACGUCGGCGAGCCAGAGGGAGGUGCUGUCCUUGCGCGGCCGCGUGGACGUGGACGUGGACGGGGCGCCGUCUGUGGACGUGCUGGGGCGGUGA